AUGGCCCUGCCAACAAAAUCUAGCUCAUUUGACCUGGGCUUGGGUACCUGGAGCCUUAGUUCCCAGGAGGAAGGCUACCGGCGUCAGGCACGCUACAGGGGUGUUGGCAAGAAGCUGCCUGAGUACAAGGCCGUGGUGGUGGGUGCAACUGGCGUGGGCAAAAGUGCGCUGGCAAUCCAGCUAAACCAUCAGUGCUUUGUGGAAGACCACGACCCCACCAUCCAGGACUCCUACUGGAAGGAGAUGGCGCUGGACCACGAGGGAUGCAUUCUGAAUGUACUGGACACAGCAGGGCAGGCCACCCACAGGGCCCUGCGUGACCAGUGUGUGGCUAAUGGUGAUGGUGUCCUGGGAGUCUUCGCUCUCGAUGACCCCUCCUCUCUGGUCCAGCUGCAGCAGAUGCGUGCCAGCUGGGACCCUCACCACACGCAACCUGUCGUUCUUGUGGGCAACAAAUGCGACCUUGUGACUACAGUCGGAGAUGCACACGCAGCUGCCACAGCCCUUGCUGAGAGCUGGGGGGCCCCCUUCGUGGAGACCUCAGCCAAGACACGGCAAGGUGUGGAAGAGGCCUUUACCUUGCUCAUCCGUGAGAUCCAGAGGGUCCGAGAGAUCAGAGUAGAGGAGGCCAGGGCAGGAUCAGGUGGGCGGAGGACCCGACACCUGAAGGCCAGGUGCCACUGCGGCUGUUCUGUGGCCUGA